UGGAAGACGCAGUUGCAUUAUGGAUCAGGGUUUUAGCUGUGGCCACUUGCAUUUCCUAAUUUUGAGGAUUGGAGAGAGAGGUAAGAUUCAGGGAUGAUGUAAAGGUUUGGAUUUAGCAACUGAAGGAUUGAAAGCAUCAACUGAGAUGGGGAAAUUCAUAGUGGGAAAAGUUAUGUUCAUGAGGAAUAUAAAAUCUUUUAUUUUUCUCUAUUAAGUUAUGAGAUAUUUCAGAGAGCAGUUCAUGACCAUCUGGAACUCUGAGGAGUAGGUCACGAUGACGACUACUUAAAAAAAUAGCCAUCUAGACCAGGGAGGAGUUGAAGGUCACCUCCUUUUAUUGGAGGUAAAAGAGUAAUUCAAAAAAGGAUAUGGACUUUGAGGACGUGGCCAUUGCCUUUUCUGAGGAGGAGUGGGGGCUCCUUGAUGAGGCUCAGAGACUUCUGUACUGCGAUGUGAUGCUGGAAGUGUUUGCACUGGUCUCAUCUGUAGGUUGUUGGCAUAAAAUGGAUGAUGCGGAGGCCUGUUCUGAGGAGAGUUUAUCUGUACAAGGAGAGUCACAGGUCAGGGCAUCAAAGACAGAGCCAGCAACCCAGAGGACCCAUCUGUGUAAGCGGUGUUUCUCAGUGUUCAAAGACAUUCUGCACCUGACUGAGUCACAAGCAGCAGACUUUGAGCAGAAAGCCUUCUUCAGUGACGCAUGUGUGAGAGACUUCUGUUUCAGUGCAAACCCUCAACAGAAACAAAAGUUUUCCAGUGGAGAGAAGUCCUGGAAAGACGUCUUAGACAGGGCCUCCUUUGUGACCUGCUGCAGCUUCUAUUUACCUUCUAUGCCUUCAACCAGUAGGGAGGUUGGUUGGAAAGUCUUCCCAGACAUCUCAGAGCUUCUCCACCACCAAACCCCUCUCAACACUGAGGAGCCACACAAGGGCAGUGAGAUUUCACAGAACUAUGUUGGUGGAAAAAGUCUUCAGCAGACUUGUAACUAUGAGAAAUUUGGCAGCCGCUACCAGAAAGUUGUUCACCAUCAGGGUGCCUGCUCUGGAGAAGUGAAAUAUGAGUGUGACAAUUGUGGGAAAGUUUUUAAACGGAUCUUUCACCUCAUUCAACAUGGAAGAAUUCACACUAGAGAAAAGCCCUAUGAGUGUACUGAUUGUGGAAAAUCUUUUAGGAACUAUCGUAACCUCCUUAACCACAAGAGAGUUCACACUGGAGAAAAACCUUUUGAAUGUAGUGAUUGUGGGAAGUUCUUUGGACUAAAGUCUACACUCAUUCGACACCGCAAAGUUCAUACCGGAGAAAAGCCUUAUGAGUGUAGUGAUUGUGGGAAGUCCUUCAGGUUAAGCUCUCACCUCAAUGAACACAACCGUGUUCACACUGGAGAAAAACCCUAUGGGUGUACUGAUUGUGGAAAAUCUUUUAAGCAUAAUAGUACUCUCCUUAGCCACAAGAGAGUUCACACUGGAGAAAAACCUUUUGAAUGUAGUGAUUGUGGGAAGUUCUUUAGACGAAAGUUUACCCUCAAUCGACACUACAGAGUUCAUACCAGAGAAAAGCCUUAUGAGUGUAGUGAUUGUGGAAAGUCCUUUAAAGAAAUACAUUCGCUCAUGGAGCACCACAGAUGUCACACUGGAGAAAGGCCAUAUAAGUGUAGUAAAUGUGGGAAAUGUUUUAGAUGGAAACCUAACCUUUUUAGACAUCUGAGAAUUCACAUGGGAAAAAAGCCUUAAAUGUGCAGGGGACCUUUUAUCUUUCUCACUCUACAACACUAAAGGAGACUUUAAUCCUUUGGUCUGAAUAUAAACCCUUUUAUCUCAACAUACACUGUGCGAAAUUCCUCAUACAUUUGAGGUACAUGUGAGGCCUGAGGGAGCUGCAUUGCACUUGCUAACUUCUGAGGACUCCCACCUCAUUGCUGUCACUGCGAGUAUUCAGGAGGCUGAAGCGACCUCCUCUACCACCUGGCCCACCUGAAUGGUGUGCAUAGUUUUCUGCGGGCUCCGGGAAAAGGAAUUCUGUGUUCUCCCUUGUGCUUGAGAAAGUUAUGAAUUCUUCGAGCUCUUGGCUGUAUCUUCAAUCUUUUCUCUCUGACGUGAGAACUGACUUGACCCAGGUUUCAUCCAGAGCACCCAUCCUCAGCUAAGAAGUGCGACCUCUCUCGGGGACAUUUUGGACAUCACUUGAUGCUGUGGUGAAUCAUUUCAGGUUCAAAUUCACUAACAUGCAAACCUCUUACGUUCCUCUGCUCUGGUUUAUGAUCUUUUUUGGAAAGGGUUUUUCCUUUCAACCUUUAAUUUUGUUGGUUCUUUUGAUUCCUUGGGAUGACGGAAAGGAAAAUAGUCCUCUGUCAGCAUGGAGAGGUGAACAGAUAUGGUGGGUCCCAAACUUCUUGUGCUUUGGAAAGCACAGCAUGAUUUCAGAACAGCACUCUUUGUCCAAUAUUGGCUCAUUUUGUGUUGCUCACCAAGGCCCUGAGAGAAAGUGUGUAUGACUUUGUGGUUCUAAUCUGGUGCCUCUAUUAUUGGUUGUGUCAUGGUCACCCAGAAAAGGAGGCCUUUGUUGUGCUUCUGUGAACAAUAUGAAAAUUAGUCUCUGUUCACAGCAUUUAUUACAUAAUUCUCAGCAAUGUAUCAAGGGAUUCUUACCCCCAUGCUGUAAAGGAGCCAGGUAACAUGAUGUAUAAAAUGUCAUAGGCUGGUGCCAUUGGUUUUAAGACACUAAGGUUGAGAUUGAACCACAAUUAGGACAGAAACACUGUGUUCAUCGUGAGUGGAUAAGACUGGAGUAAAUUUCAUGAAAAGUGCUUCUUCUCAUCGUUAUCCACAAAUGGUCGGUGGGCUGUGGCUUGUGUGAUCUGUGUGUACAGACAUUCUCAGGACCUCCAUCACUGUCUCCUGUGGCUGAAAUAAUUGGCGGAAAAAAUAAUGUAAUAGUUGUUUGGAUUCCCCUCGCCCAUCUCGGAUGUUCACCUCAAGGUUUGCUCAACAGGCAAGACCUCCAAGCUAGAGGCAGGAUAAGCAUGUA